AUGGAUAAUGGAGAUAAAAGUUGGAUGAAUCACCUAAGAUGGACAGAAGAGUAUGCUGCUGGAGUGAAUUAUUUUCUUGACAAGGCAUUUGAACGAGCUUCUCAAGGAAAUGAGAUAUUAUGUCCUUGCAAGAAGUGCAUGAAUCGCUAUUGGCAUUACAGAAAUGUGAUGGAGGGUCACUUGGCUGUUCAUGGGUUUGUUGAUAAUUACACCAAAUGGGUUUUUCAUGGAGAAGGGGUUUCAUCGAGCAAUACACCGCAUCCAAUAAAUGACGAUGAAGGUUCUAACUUGUGUGAUGAUAUUGAUGGACUACUUCAUGAUACAUUUAGAAAUGUAGAGGGUGAGUCAGGGCAUGAAGAAGGAGUGCGACAGGGUUUAUCUGAAGACGCAAAGAAUUUUUUUAAAUUAUUGGAGGAAGGGAAACAAGAGUUAUAUCCGGGUUGUGAAAAUUUCAAUAAAUUGAAUUUCACCAUUCGGUUGUACUUAUUUAAAUCAUUACAUGGUUUGAGUAAUGUAGCAUUCUCAGACUUGUUAGAUUUGAUAAGAGAGGCAUUUCCCUUUGCUCAGAUACCAGAGUCUUUCAAUAAGGCUAGACAAGUGAUUAAAGAUUUGGGUCUUCAUUACAAAAAAAUACAUGCAUGCCCUAAUGACUGCAUGUUAUUUUGGAAGGAUAAUGAGAAAGUAGAUAACUGCUCUGUCUGUGGAACUUCUAGAUGGAAGAGUGUUGGUGAUGCCUCGACUAAUUCACGCUCUAAAAUUCCUGCAAAGGUUUUAAGGUACUUCCCCUUAAAGCCUAGGCUUCAAAGGAUAUUCAUGUGUUCUGAAACAGCUGUUGCAAUGAGAUGGCACGCUAAUGAACGACCCAAUGAUGGAAAUUUAAGGCAUCCUGCUGACGGGGAAGCAUGGAAGGAUUUUGAUCGUUUGUACCCAGACUUCUCUCGAGAUCCUCGUAAUGUUAGAUUGGGUCUCUCAAGUGAUGGUUUCAACCCAUUUAGAACCAUGAGUAUUUCUCAUAGCUCGUGGCCUGUUAUGUUGAUGAACUAUAAUUUAUCACCAUGGAUUUGCAUGAAGCCUGAGUAUAUCAUGUUGUCAAUGAUCAUUCCAGGUCCAUCAUCUCCAGGAAAUGAUAUAGAUGUGUAUCUACAACCACUAAUUGCAGAAUUGAAAGAACUGUGGGAACCUGGGAUAGAAACAUAUGAUACUGAAACCGACCAAACAUUUCGAAUGCGUUCAGCCUUAUUGUGGACAGUUAGUGAUUUUCCAGCAUUAGCAAUGCUUUCAGGAUGGAGCACCAAGGGAAAAUUGGCAUGCCCUACUUGUAAUUAUGACACAUGCUCUCAAUAUCUCAAACAUAGUCGUAAGAUGUGUUACUUGGGUCAUCAUAGAUUUUUGCCUUCUGAUCAUCAAAUGCGAAAAGAUAAGAAGUCAUUUGAUGGUAAGGAGGAGCAUAGACCUGCACCUACUCCUUUGUCGGGUAUAGAAGUGCUUGAAGAGCUGCAUGAAUUCAAUAAUGUGUUUGGAAAGGGCAAAAAAAAAAAAAGGCCUCGAGAUAAUAAGGGUCCGUGGGAAAAAAGAUCUAUUUUCUUUGAAUUGCCAUAUUGGGCACAAAACAGAUUGAGGCACAAUCUUGAUGUGAUGCACAUAGAAAAGAAUAUAUGUGACAGUUUGCUUGGGACUUUACUGGAGAUAGAUGGAAAGUCAAAGGAUCAUGUAAAUUCUCGCUAUGACUUACAGGAAAUGAGAAUAUGA